CAUUCAUCGGUUCCUUUGAUACAUCAUGAUCUGAGUGAUCUUGGAUCAUUGAUCCUGAUCCAGAUCACCCCAAGGGAACGCACCCUUAGUCACGUGGUCGGCGAAACGGAGGGGCUCCUAGUUGUAACGACGAGAGUGCACGUUUACCAGGAAAUAGCGUGUUGAUCAGGUGUCUAUCCAGGAUGAGUCUCUCCUACGUCAAUCUGAUCACUACAGGCUUACUUACACAAAAAUAUGUACUGCGCUAAUUUGACCCAGAAAACAGAGUUCCGAAAAAACUUACAAAAUAUAUUUUUAAACAAAUUUACAAGGGUUUCUCACACACAGUAUGUGGUAAAUAGUGUACUUGGUUGGUGUCAGGCUACACCGAAAUUAUUUUGAGGUCAAGUAAUGUUUAAUAGCCUGUGUGCAUCCGCCCCCUCCACUCAAAAAAAUGUACACAGGCUAAGUUAUAUUUGUUCAAACGUCUUCCCAGUGGUAUAUAGAAAUGAAAUUCUCGAGACCCCAUAAUAUUGUUUGAAAACCGCUGCAUUUUUUUUCCAGUACCAGUCCCGGUAGCUGUGAGAGAAGAUCAGGUUCCUACAUAUCCUAGUAGUGACACCAAGUGUUGUGUGACAAGAAUGAAAGCAUCAUGUGACACAUUAUUUCCGUCACAUUACAAGACGUUGAUUUCGUGACAGGUCGCGAAUGCCGUGCAUGGCGGUGGUUUCCGCUUGUUUGUUCUCUCACAGUGGGGGUGAUCUUGUGGUCAGUGGCCAUUGUAUUUGACAAAUUGAUUAAUUGUCUGCUUGCCGUGUUUUGAAAGAAACUUGAAGGAGCUGUUCCUCCUUACAAAUCACUGUUGAACGAUAUAGAAGAACAGAAAUUAGUCUGAGCUGUGUGGAAAUACCGUAGUCAUCGCAGGACGCGGUAGAUUCUCUCUCCAUGCGUGGUGGAGAACAGAAACCUCUAAAAUUGUGCUGUGCUAAAUCACUAGGCAACACUGAAGGACCUUGAGGCGAAUGUUCAAAAAGAGUAAUGUGGGUGAUCAGCUUCUAAUUGCUGUCAAACUCAAUAAAAUCUCAGAAAUCUCUCGGCUUGUUGCCCUGGGCGUCGAUGUCAAUUCAAGAAUAGAUAAGAAUGGCAAAACAGCUCUCCACUUUGCAGCUCACAAAGGUCAGUUAUUAGCUGUGAGAGCUCUGAUAGAAGCAGGAGCUGACUUGGACAUCACAGAUGAGAAUGGAGUGACAGCUCUUCAUCGUGCUAUAAUUCAUGGCCAUGCAGGCAUUGUUCACACUUUAUUAGAGGCUGGCUGCUCUGUUGAUGAGACAGAUGAGAAUGGGAACACAGCUCUGCAUGAGGCUGCCUGGAAUGGUUACAGUAAAUGUGUUGAGCUCCUUGUGGCAGCAAAAUGUAAUGUAAAUGUUCAUAAUAGGACUGGGUACACAAGCCUUCAUCUUGCUACACAAAACUGUCACUGUACAACAUUGCAAGUUUUGUUAGAUGGAGGAUCUAAUCCAUUAGUAAAAAAUAAUUAUGGUGACACCCCCCUGCACAUCGCAGUACGCUAUGGUCACACUGAAGUUUGUAACAUGCUUAUGGAAACAAAGAUCAACAUUUCUGAGCAAAAUAAUGAUGGCAACACCCCCCUGCACAUCGCUGCCAGUAUGGGACAUGAAAAACUCACUGAGAUGUUACUAAAGGCAGGAUGUAUCGCUACUGUGAAAAAUAAUGUGGGUGAUACUGCUAGAGAGUUGGCUGUUCGAAAUGGGUUUAAAAAAAUUGCCAAGUUAUUAGCCCCAUCCAAAGGUGACACAAUCAAGAUGUUCAGUCGAAAAGAGAGAGGAAGGCCUCACAGUGCUGAUGUAUCGUGUUUGUUUAGUGGAACUACAGACUCUACCCUCACCACUACUGCUACUCAUCUGUGGGUACCAAAACCUGUGUCGCUCGACCCAGACUCCAAGAGACAAGGACACAAACGAGACUUUGUAUGGAGUAGGAGAAGGAAAGAAGAACGCAAACCUAAAGUGCUGACCAUUAAAUAUGACGAGAUGUGCUCAAUAGAGCGAGAUUACCUCAAGAAACGAAACGCGUCGAUGAGAAAAUCACAUAAGAGCCAAUCAAAAAGCUCCAUAAAAUCGCAGGAAGAAAGAUUCCGCUCUGACCCAGUCCUUCAUCAGAAGACAAAGAAAUCGCAUUCACCUGAAAAGGUCGACAGAAAAGCGAAAAGCGCUCAAAGCAGAGAUGAUCUGGAGGCCAGUCUUUCCCACAAGAAAAGCAAAAAAGACAAAGGUUUUUUCUCGUUGUUCAGAAGUGCCAGUGACACAGACUUGAACAUCGACGACAAGAAAAACGGCGUAUGUGGCAAAAAACACAAAGACAAAUACCCUCCUUACGGAGAGCUGAUGGGGAAUGGAGUUCACCGUGUAGGCAAAGAGGUGAAAGAAAAAGGAGACACGGAGGAAACCAAGGAAAGAAAAGAGAAAAGGAGAAGUGAAAAGAGCGAGGAAAAGACAGAGAAGAAAGAAAGGACAGGUAAGAAAAAUCGCGAGGACGACAAGGAAAAAAUAGAAAAGAAGGAAAAGCGGAAAGAGAAGGAAAAAGAAAAGAAACUUUCACGUCGUGAUGAGAACGAUGGAAGUGAGUCGGAUUGUACUAUUUGCCAGGAAAAGCGGAGAAAGUCGCGAGAGAAAUCUCACAGUAAGGAAUCUAGACACAGAGAACAACGAUCUAAAUCCGAACACAGACGGACGAAAGAUCAUAAAGAAACGGAAUAUGACAAGACGCCUUUGGAUAGGAAGGACGAAGAGAAGGAACAUAAGAAAAAGAAGCACCAUAAGGAUAAAGAGCGAGACAAGGAACAUAGAGAUAAAGACGGGGAGAGGGAUCACAGAGAUAAGGACAGGGAUAAGGACAGAUCCAGGAGAGACAAGAAUCAUAGAAGGAAAACCGAGGAACAAGAGGAGGACUUUGGGCCCACGCCGUGUAACCAAACUCAUUGCACCACGUGCCAGGCUCAACUCAGCCGCCUGGAGGCCUGGCAAGAAAGGUGUACUUCUGAAAUCGAUUCCGCGCGUCGAAGACUCGAACACAGACUGCAGCGGCUAGAAAAGAAGCUCGAGGAACAGCUGUGGGAAGAAAGACAAUUAAAAGAAAAGAAAGAAAGUCGGGAUAAAGAGCUCGAUCGUGCGGCUGGCCCCGUCAAGGAACAAAGUGGCGCAGUUAGCAAGAACGUUAAAAAUAGCAGCGGUAACGUUAAGGAGGAAAUCCGCGGGUUAAUCAAAGGAGGAUUGAGUAAGCUAGAGUUAAAACUCGGACAAAUUUCAGCGGGUUAUAACAUUCCUUUUAUGGAUUACCAAGAAAGGUGUAAUCCUGAGCUAGGGAAGAACUGUUCCGCCGGGCGAGGGAGCCGGCAUGUGAGGAGUAGGAGCUCCCCUCACCUGGGGAGGGCCCCUUGUGAAGACUGCAUCCACGUCAUGGAGCACAGAGUCGGAGGAGUGUCCCCUCACCUCGCUUCGCUUACAACGAGUGGAAGCUCUUCAAGAGCAACUUCCGGCAUUCGCGUGAGUGACUCGGGGUCUUUGGACACUGUAAUCGAGGCUCGUCCUGUUAACGACAAAGGUCUUCGUGCUUCCGGUACAAUCAUUGAAGCUCGCCCGAUUGACGACGAGGGAUUGGAUACAGUGAUUGAAGCUCAACCAGUUAUAGAGGAUGAAAAUGAUGUUAAAAUUAAUGACACAUAUGCUGCCACACAGGUUCAACACCAGCGACAAGUCCAAGAGGUGGAGAAGUGGUGGCGAGCCAAGGCAGAAGAGGAGCAGCGAGUGUUGUACGCCAGGAUCUGUGAACUGGAACAAAUGCUGCUCAUGUCUCGUGCCGGUGGAGACUGCUUUGUAUGACGCGCGUGGCUUAUAAGCGCGGCGCCGGGCCGUCUGGCGGGAAAACGCCAGCGCCAAUACCUUUUCCAGCCGGGAACUUUGAUUCGUGAGGUUGCUAAGCAACAUGGUGUUUCUGAUGGCGUCGUACUGGCGUUCAACAAAAUGAGUUUUGAUUGGAUGAUAAUCAACGUGGACCAUUGGAUUGUCUCUACGAAGAUUUACAUCCGAAUCGUUUGGCGGGAAUUAUUUAAGCUCAUUUCAUUCUCUGAAGCUAGACCUCGAGGCCAAAGUUACGUUUUGUCGGGGAACUGUUGCUUCGUGCUCGCCGACAAGAAAGAAGAGUUACAAAUUAUUUUUUCCCAUAUUUUAUAGUAUUUGAUAGUAUUGUUAAUGUGAUUUGGAAAACAGUUGCCACAUUUAGAAGUGUGGGGAAAACUUUAUACAAAUUCUAGCAUUUGUGAAAAAAUGGCAAUUGAUAUCGACAUAGUCAAGAUGUAAAAAUUCAACUAUUUUGUUGGCGGAGCAACAUAAACUUUGAUUUAUUAU